ACCAUGAGAUGAUGUAGUGUGUGGAAAACAGUCUCAUCCAGCAAAGGGAAACAAAAAACAAAAUCUCUCUCUUUCUCGUCUUCUUCGUGACGCUGAAGGAAUGGCGCUGAUACCAGUUAGUUCAUCUAUGGGUUCAUCAUCCAACGUGCCUACGGAUUCAGCCUUGCCUAUGCAGUACACAACAAUAAAGACUCUCCAUGAAACAAACUUUGAGGAAUGGAGUGAGUCUCUAAAGGUGUAUCUUGCUAUGACGAGGUCUGACUUGGCAUUGAGAAUAGAAGAACCAAAGCUCACUGAUGCUAGCACAGCAAGUGAGAAAACACAACAUGGUCAGUGGGAGGAAUCAAAUAGGCUGUGUCUGAUGAUCAUGGAGUAUACCAUGGAUAGGACUGUUAGGCAAAGCAUAAGGAAAACUGAAGGGAUCACUGCUAGUGAGUAUCUUAAGCUGGUUGAGGCUAAGUACACAAAGUUAGACAAGGCUGAGAAGGGAACCAUGAUGAAAUUACUGACCACUACCAAGUAUGAUAGGUCUAGUGGGGUCAGGUCUCACAUUAUGAAGCUCACUCAUUAUUUCAAUAAGCUGAAUGAUAUGGGGAUGAAUCUUCCUGGGAAUUUUUUAGUUUGGCAGCUGUUGGAUUCAUUGCCAGAGACUUUUGAGAUUCUUAAGACUUCAUACAGAGUGCAAAAGGGAGAGUGGAGUUUGACUGAGCUUACUGCCAUAGUUAGUGAGCAUAAAGAUUGUAUGAAGCUGAAUGGUAAUGCUAUAGUGCAACUGGUUACUCAUGGGUCUAUGGACCAGAAAAGGAAGAGGCAGAAUUGGAAAGAUGGUGAUAAGUCAGAUGACAAGGGGAAGAAAGAGUCUAAGCCUAAUGAUGCAACUGGUGGGAAAUAUGAAAAACUUUAUGGGAAGUGUUUUUUCUGUCAUAAAGCUGGGCAUAGGAAAUCAAAUUGCCCCAAGUACAAGAAAUGGGUAGAGAAGAAAGAAAAGAAAGGGGAUAAGAGAUAGGAGGAGGCCAAAUGAAGGUGAGGAGACAGUAAAUGGGGAAUGGAGCCAAAGCAGAAGUCCAGUGUAUAGGAGCGUUGGAUCUUUUGUUAGAGUCUGGUUAUGUAAUGAACCUUCCUUAUGUAAUAGUAGUUCCAUC